AAACUUACACUCUACCAAAAAUCAAAAUUCCCAAAUUAAUCCCUACAAUAUUUUAAAAACCCCCAAAUUUCACAUCUUCAUGAUUUUACCGCAAAAUCAUAACCCCCCAAAACCUAGCAAGCUCAAAAAAUAGUAAAAAUGUCGUCAAGCUCACCAUCCCCGAAAAUAUUACUGGCAAAACCUAGUCUCGCCGCCGGAGUUCCGUCAUCCGCCGGAAAAUUCAUCCGAGGUUCCGCCGGAGAAGACGACUCAUCUUUAUCAGCAGCUUCAAUUCGAUCUCGUCUUCCACCAGUUGGUUCUCUUAAUCUUCUUUCUGAUUCUUGGGAUUUUCACUUCGAUCGUUUUCUUCCUUUUUUGACUGAUAAUACUGAAUUUACUGUGGUUGGAGUAAUUGGGCCGCCUGGAGUGGGUAAAUCCACCAUUAUGAAUGAGAUUUAUGGGUUUGAUCCUACUUCUCCUGGAAUGCUACCUCCUUUUGCAAUUCAGUCUGAAGAAACUCGAGCAAGUGCUAGACAUUGUACUACUGGCAUUGAACCGCGGAUUUCUGCUGAGCGUUUAAUACUUCUUGAUACCCAGCCUGUAUUUAGUCCAUCCGUUUUGGCUGAAAUGACAAGACCUGAUGGUUCGUCUACUGUCCCUGUUUUAGGUGGCGAAACACUAUCAUCUGAAUUGGCUCAUGAACUUCUAGGCAUCCAGCUUGGCGUCUUGCUUUCUUCUGUUUGUCAUGUUUUGCUCGUGGUAUCAGAAGGAGCUCAUGAAGCUAACAUGUGGCGCUUGAUGUCAACGGUGGAUUUGUUGAAACAUAGCUUACCUGAUCCUUCUUCAGUGUCACCACAUUUGCAGAGCUCAAGUUUGAGCACGGAUAAGGAUAAAAAGGACAAAUUUCACGAGGGUGGAGAAGAAUACAUGGCAACACCAGUUUUCAUACAUACCAAGUUGCGAGAUGAAGAUCUCUCACCACAGAGUUGUGAGCAAAUGAGGAAGGUUCUUGCACAAUAUUUUCAUUCAUCAUCGUUCUCAAGACCGACGACGAAUGAUCGUGUCUCUGUCUCAAAGUCUCACUAUGCUCAGGACAGUGGGGUCGAUCCUAAACUGCUGGACUUGUUCUUGGUGCCUAGAAGAAAAGAUAAUUCAUUGGAAUUGCGGUAUGAAAGUUGUGAUUCAAUGUUGUGGAGAGUUCGGGAUCAUAUUUUGUCUAUGCCGCGUCCCUCAUUCUCAAGAACUGUAUCCGAACGUGACUGGUUGAAAAACACUGCCAAGAUAUGGGAUUUGGUGAAGAAUUCUUCUGUUAUUGCAGAUUACUGCAAAACUCUUCAAAGUUCAGGUUUAUUUAGGAGAUAGCUCUUUGAUAAACACUUUGGUUUUAUAGUAAGCAGGCGAUUAACUUGGUGACGAUAGUUGAUAAAUUAGAUCAUAACUUGGUGAUGAUAGUUCAAUUACAAUGUAAUUUGGUGAUGCUAGUUGAUGAAUUAGAUCGUAACUUGGUGAUGCUAGUUGCUGGUUAAACCAUCGAAUGCCUCCGUUCUCAAAAGAACAUAGCGACCCAAGCAAUGGAGUAUGGUUUAACUAUAGUAUACCUUGCCAUGACUUGCUUACCCUUACGCAAGCUUUUUCAAUAUGCAUUUACCACAGCAGAUCGGGAAAAACAAUGAAAUAUGAUUUGUGUAUAAUUAAGUUUUUGUGUGCUCAA